AAGUCUGGCAGCACUGUUGGGCGGAAAUCAGAUUCGGCCAUCUGGCAACACUGCAUAGUUAAGAGUCAAAACAUUAAAUCGCAUUUUUUUACACGGUUGAAAAAUGUGGAUAUAAGUACUUAAACCGCAGCAGACCAACUUUUAAACAACGGCAAGAGAGCGCGACAGAGAUUCCCCAGAGAGAAGCGAGAGAGAGAGCGAGAAAGCCAUCGAGCGAGAUUCCCCACUCCACCUGCUGCAGUACCAGUUCUCCAUUGCACCCACACAUAGGCGUUAGACCACCGGACAGGAAACAGGAGACCACAUCCCCCUAGGCGAAAUGGACCGAAAGGCUGAGCUGGAACGCAAGAAGGCCAAGUUGGCCGCUCUGCGGGAGGAGAAGGAUCGCCGGCGCCGCGAGAAGGAGAUCAAGGACAUGGAGGAGGCGGCUGGUCGGAUUGGUGGCGGUGCUGGCAUAGACAAGGAUCAGCGCAAGGAUCUCAACGAGAUGCUGUCGUCGUUGGGUGUGGCCCCCGUCUCGGAAGUACUCUCCUCGCUGUCGGACGUCAACUCCAUGACGUCGGACAACUCCAACACACAGACCCCCGACGCCAGCCUGCAGGCCACUGUCAACGGGCAAAGCGGCGGAAAGAAACAGCCACUGAAUCUGAGCGUCUACAAUGUCCAGUCCACGAGCAUUCCACCAAAGGAGACCCUGGUCUACACGAAACAAACGCAGACAACCAGUACCGGCGGACACGAACGUGAUGUUCUUUCUUGCCACUCCUCGCCCCUGUCAGGAUAUAUGGAGGAUUGGUGGCGUCCACGUAAAGCUCAUGCUACGGAUUAUUAUGAUGAAUACAAUCUUAAUCCGGGUUUAGAGUGGGAGGAUGAAUUCACAGGAGACGACGAAGAGAGCUCGCUGCCACACCUGGACAAUGGAUUCACCUCCAAGCUGCCGCCGGGCUACCUCACCCACGGCCUGCCCACCGUCAAGGACGUGGCUCCAGCCAUCACGCCCCUCGAGAUCAAGAAGGAGGCCGAAGUGAAGAAGGAGGUUAACGAGCUAUCCGAGGAACAGAAGCAGAUGAUCAUCCUGUCGGAGGACUUCCAGCGAUUCGUGGUGCGCGCCGGACGCGUCAUCGAGCGUGCCCUCUCCGAGAACGUGGACAUCUACACGGACUACAUCGGCGGCGGGGACAACGAGGAGGCGAACGACGAACGCUCCCACGCCCGGCUCUCCCUCAACCGGGUGUUCUACGACGAGCGCUGGUCCAAGAACCGCUGCAUCACCAGCAUGGACUGGUCCACCCACUUCCCGGAACUGGUGGUGGCCUCCUACCACAACAACGAGGAGAGCCCCAACGAGCCGGACGGUGUGGUGAUGGUGUGGAACACAAAGUUCAAGAAACGGACACCCGAGGACGUCUUCCACUGCCAGAGCGCUGUGAUGUCCACCUGCUUCGCCAAGUUCAACCCGAACCUGAUCCUCGGCGGCACCUACUCAGGCCAGAUUGUGCUGUGGGACAAUCGCGUCCAGAAGCGCACGCCCAUCCAGCGAACACCCCUCAGCGCCGCCGCACACACGCAUCCGGUCUACUGCCUCCAGAUGGUGGGCACCCAGAACGCGCACAACGUCAUCUCCAUCUCCUCGGACGGCAAACUGUGCUCGUGGUCGCUGGACAUGCUCUCGCAGCCGCAGGACACCCUCGAGCUGCAGCAGCGCCAGUCGAAGGCCAUUGCCAUCACCUCCAUGGCCUUCCCGGCCAACGAGAUCAACAGCCUGGUGAUGGGCAGCGAGGACGGCUACGUCUACUCGGCCUCGCGUCACGGUCUGCGUUCCGGGGUGAAUGAGGUAUACGAGCGGCAUCUGGGCCCUAUCACGGGCAUCUCCACACACUACAACCAGCUGUCGCCGGACUUUGGGCAUUUGUUCCUCACCUCGUCCAUCGACUGGACCAUCAAGCUCUGGUCGCUCAAGGACACGAAACCAUUGCACUCCUUUGAGGACAACUCGGACUAUGUCAUGGAUGUGGCCUGGUCGCCAGUGCAUCCGGCGCUCUUCGCCGCCGUCGACGGCAGCGGCCGGCUGGAUCUGUGGAACCUCAACCAGGACACCGAGGUGCCGACGGCCUCGAUUGUGGUGGCCGGUGCUCCGGCCCUCAACAGAGUCUCCUGGACGCCGUCGGGCCUGCACGUGUGCAUCGGCGACGAGGCCGGCAAGCUGUACGUCUACGACGUGGCCGAGAAUCUGGCGCAGCCGUCGCGCGACGAGUGGUCCCGGUUCAACACCCAUCUCAACGAGAUCAAGAUGAACCAGAGCGACGAGGUCUAGGACGGACGGAGGAGUAGUCGAUGAUAGUUGGUACCAAUUCUGCGAUUCUCCGAUUUCUGGAACGCCAGAAGCGUGUUCUCCCCCCCCUCCCAAAAUGAAAUUAAAGUGUAGUCUUUUCUCCCGAACAUCCCUCCACUUGUGAUCCCGCUGCUCCCUAGUCUUUAUUGAUUUUUUUUUUCCCCUGUAAUGCCCAGCAUUAGUGCCAGGUCCCGGAAGAAGGCCAGGGAACUCGUGGCAUUCGGCACCGUAUUAGAGAAUAGAGGUUCAUCCAAUGAAGCUCGCUGGAUUGGUAUUGUAAUUUAUUUAAUUUCGGUAUUAUUAGACACUGCUCUCAAGUCCCCAUGUCCCCGGACAUCCUCCUUCCAGGAGGCGAGAGCAGAUACAAUAUAUGGAGUGGUCAGUAGGGCUUCUCCUCUUUUUAUUUGACGUUUCUGAACUAAGAAGAAGGAAGAAUCGCCUCCGACCGGAGACCGGAGAGAGCUACACUUAAACAAAUAACUGCUACAUAUUAUAUACAAACGAGAACAGCAACUAAGCUUAACCCGCGGAGAAGAAAGACAGGGCGUAGACGGGGGCUGGCUAGCUGGGCACUAGAAUGGAGACGGAGCCGGAACCCCCAUGUACAUGUAUUAGAGUGAAGCCUAUUUAACGAGAUUAAAUAAAGAUAUCUAUAUACACACAA